CUCUAAUACGCGAGGGCUCACAAUACAGAUGUUCUUAUCCUAGAAGCGGUUAAUUGUUGCUCUGAAGAUGGGGGAGAACUACACAACCAUCAAAAUCGAGCAGAAAUCUGCCAGUUCUCGAGUUUUCCACCUGCUCAUCAAUCGACCAUCGCGUGGUAACGCUCUCUCACAUGAAUUCUUCGCUGAAUUCCCCGCCGCUCUGUCCGCGCUCGACCAGAACCCAGAAGUCGGCGUCAUCGUCCUUGCCGGCACCGGCAAUCACUUCUGCGCCGGAAUCGAUAUCCAAACACUGAGCUUCACCACACAGGACAGUGGAUCAGGGGACAGAGGACGCGCCGGCGAGAAGCUCCGGCGGGGGAUUAAAUUCCUACAAGCAGCGGUGACGGCGAUUGAGGAGUUCAGGAAGCCGGUGAUUGCUUCUGUUCAUGGGGCGUGCGUUGGAGCAGGUGUUGAUAUAAUAACGGCGUGCGACCUGAGGUAUUCGACCGAGAAUGCGAUGUUCUGUGUGAAAGAGGUGGACUUGGCGAUUGCAGCGGAUCUUGGGUCGCUCCAGAGGCUUCCAGCUAUUGUCGGAUUUGGUAACGCCAUGGAGCUGGCUUUGACGGGUCGGAGCUUCUCGGGCGCGGAGGCUAAAGAGCUGGGACUGGUGACCAGGCUGUUUAGCGAUAGGGAAACUUUGGAGAAAGGGGUUGCACAAAUCGCGGAUGGUAUAGGUGCAAAGUCUCCUCUUGCUGUAAUUGGGACUAAGCGUGUACUGAUACAGAGCAGAGACAUUACGGUGGAUCAAGGUUUGGAUUAUGUUGCUACGUGGAACUCUGGAGUACUUGUAUCAGAUGAUUUAAAGGAAGCAAUAUCUGCUCACCUGCACAAGAGAAAACCUCGUUAUGCUAAGCUUUAAAACUUUUAGAUCCCCUAUGCUAUGCCCCAAGUCUACACCUUUUUCCCCCUGUAAGACUCCUAUGUUUGAUCUGUAAUAAAAUUUCGUGCAUCAUUCUGCAAGAAUGGUUUUGUUGUGGCUUUCUGAAUGUCCAGCUCAAUGUGACAGCGAUAUGUUUGGUACUAGUUCAUAGUUUGAGAUAAAAUUUUUAAAUAUUAUGAUAAUCGUGCCUUGUUUUCCAAUCCCUCUCUCUGGAAUAUUGGAUGAUUGAUUUUGUAGUUGGUACAUACUCGAAUCCAAUGUGUAUAUAUUAGCUGGCUCCUUAAUCUUAUCAUCAUCAAGCUUUAAACUUGUUGCUUUUCAGUUGGGUAGGUAAUCAUUCAGCGACAACCAUUUGCUCUUGUGAGAAUAAUGUAUUUAUUGCCUUGAGUUUUUCUGUCAUUAUGUUGAGCCAUCUCCAUUCUCC